GUAUUCAAUAUGGAUUCUCAUCCAUUUGAUAUCGUUUCAAGAUCCGUACAGAUUGCCUGUAAAGGAACGCGGUGUGAAUAUAAACAUGGAGACUGGGCUGCUCUAAUGAGCCAUGUUGAUUCGUAUCUACGCUCACCUGAGUUUGAUUCCAUCUACACCCAACGUGGAAGUAGGACUUUAAAAUCGUCAUCGAGUGAUUCACAAAGUGAUGCAGAACAUAGGUUCUUCAUGUCUUUGGCGCGUACCUGUGAUCAGUUAGAAGUCGCUUCCCGUGGUCCACUUGGACUGUUUCUCCUCGAUAUGACCGGGGCAGUUUUAACUGGAGUUAUUCAGCAGGACCGUUUCUCUGUGAUUCUGAGUGGAGAAACAAAAUUGAUCGACGAAAUGGAAUCAGAUACUUCUGGAGAUAUGAAGAAGAUUCUCACAGUAGCCAUAGAUAGAGCUGCAGCAAAAGAAGAAGAUGGCAUGGUAGCUGAUGAGAAUGAGGUUAUAAAUGGACCUGCUCACAGAUGUAAGACAAUGCGGGCAGAACUGAUAGCGAAGAAGUGGAGUUCAAUCAUGGAUAUUUUCCUGAAAGACAUUAUUUGCACUGAUCCAUCUAGAAGUCCAACAUUCACGGAAGCUACCAACAUGUUUAAUGGAUCCUUCGUUUGUGGGUUGAUCUCGUCAACGCUACGCCAUGUUGUCCACCAAAGAUUGAAAAUCGCGAAAAAUUUACUAGCUGUCAUUCAACUUUACGAAGCAGGCACUGCUCGUUUUGAUUACCAUUUUUUCGACUUUCCUAUCCUUGAAGACGAGUUUAGUGGUUUCAUUUCUCUCUACUCUCUCUUCAAUACUCAGCUGUCCUUGAGGCUGUCAAGGGAUAAUGCACAGGCAUCACUUUGUAGCUGGUUUAUGGCCGGCGAUGGUGUUGAUUUAGUUUGCGAAACAGCUCAAAUUGGAGAUCCCGAUGAGAACAGUAAUCUUCCACAUUUCAACGAAUUUCUGAGUUCUGUCGUCAAGGCAUCACUACAAAUUCUAUCCCCUAAGUCAACUCAUGCGUUACUGGCGAGGAGCUUAGCAAACCAUGAUAGAUAUUUAGCUCUGAUGCAAUUGUGUAACACAUAUGAGACAUACAAGUCAGAAAAUCUACGUCCGGUGGUGACAUUUUACAAGGCCAUAGCCUUCUCUGGAUUAGGGAAACCGUUGAAGGCAAUGGCCGCUUUCAAUGCUGCUGCUCGAGGGGUGACCGACUGCAACGAAGCACUCCUUUUAGCAUUGUCGUCAUUCGAAAAAAAGGCUGAGGAAAUCAAUCUGGGCGAUUAUUAUGUCGUUGCAUUACGAUAUCUCAACAAUCAUCGGCACAGCGAAGAAGUAAUUGAAAUGGCUCGAAGUGCAAUAGCUUUGUUGCCACCAGGCCAUAAAUGCACUGAUCCAGAAGUUAAACGAAUGGCUUUGGGUGAGCUUAUCAAGCGUAUGUUGCACGCGAACGAUUGGCAGUCGAUAGUUGACUUGAAUUAUGGGAAGCUUGAGGAUGAGGUAGAACGCACUCUUCUGACGUCCGCACGCGCUCAGGAAGCAACGAUUCCGCACCAUCUCUUUAAACUUGUCUUCUCUUUCUACAUGAAGAGAAACGAUUUCGAAGGCGCGGCACGUGCUCAGUAUGAAUACGCGUUCGUUCUGCGUACUCAAGCCGAGCAAACACCGGAGUUGUUAAGAAAAAGACGAGAUGCCCUGGCUGUAGCAUCCACCCUUCUAGAUCUAUUGCCAGAAAAUGACCGAUUCAUGUCAUUCCCAUCAGAGGUAUUCGAUUUCUCAAUUUCCAUUCCAUUCGAAUAUGUUUUAUAUCUUUCAUGCAACUACGUUAACUUGAAUCGCCAAAACUCAAAGUUGGUAGGGGCUACGUCAAUUUGA